CACAGUCCCCCAAGUCUGUUGGCUUUCGCUCUGACCUUCAGUCCUCUGGGGUUUCCAUAAUCGACUGCCCCCACAAUGGCAGGAAAGAUGUAGUGGACAAGAUGAUUCUUGGUGUGUAUUCUGUAAGGCGCCCGUAGCAUGCACUAUGAACUUUCGUUUGCUACUAGUGGACAUGCUUGCAUUUUCCAAUGACCAUCCAUCGCCUGCCACCAUUAUCCUGAUAGCCGGUGACCGAGAUUAUGCCUAUGCUGUAUCAACCCUCCGCCUUCGACAGUAUAAUGUCGUUCUCAUCGUACCUCCAUCACCAAACACUCCCCAGAGCCUGGAGUCUCAGGCUUCUGUCGUGGUGGACUGGAAUUUUGCCGUUCUUGGAAAGCGCACAGAAUCCGACACUUCACCUGUACGGCAACCUUAUCGCAACCUUGACGAAGAUGUCAUGGAGCGGUUAUCACGCGUAGUCUACGAUUCGAAUGAAGAUCCUGCUGUUACCCCCAUUUCCUCGAAUCUUCCCGAAAAACCGGCCCAUUCGCGGCGUGACAGUGCAGCAGUGCCGUUGCAGCCACCAGUCAUUGAAAGGAAUACGGAUGCAGGUGAUACUGCUCAGCCUGCAUCAUCGUGCACAAAGAAGGCUGCUAGCACAAUCCCUGCAAGGCCUGUACUUCCUAGAGCCGUGCCUGUAGCGUCCCGUGUUAAAUUUGCAACACAGCCAACGCAGACUGUCCCAGACAUCGACCGGGACUUAGGCAACCCUCUCAAAGCGAACAAUCCACUUUCAAAUGAAAGUCUCACAGACGAUUUCGUUAGCACAGCUAACGAGAUUCAGGGUGCGAGUCGCGGUCCAUUUUCCACAGCCCCCAGCUCGAGUUCUGGACUAGAACGCAACCAGAACAUUACAGAGCCUGACUUUACUCCUACUAUGGGCUUCAGAAAUGCUCCACUAUCUCCACUUCCUGCCGACCCGCACAACCCAGACCUGCAGGGCGCUCCUCUUGGCUCUCCGUUGCAGACCCACAUCAUUUCGGAAUACACCCCCAUCUCGUUCGGCAACAACCCCCACAGAACCGUGCCAGUUGCUGCGGUGUCCUUGUCACCUACACUGAAACGCAGGCAGGUUGAUGCCACUACUGCACCUAAAUCCACGAACGCCGGCUCCGUCUCAGCCUAUAUGGACGACUAUGUCCUUCCAUCCGACAAAGCAGCAGUUGUGGAUGCCCUUGGACUUGAUGAUGGCAAAGAUCGAGACCACAACGGCAACGACGAGGUUGCAAAUGUCUCGAUCAACAAUUCAAUUUUAACUGAGGCCGAUGAUCCAUCAUCCGUAGAGGUUGCGAACUCUGCUGAUUCCGAUUCCGAUUCGUUCCACACUACAGACGAUGCUUCUAUUGCGAACUCUCCCCCUGCGGAGGAUUAUCCCCCCACUCCCGAGCCUUCUGUACUCCCCACGUCCCCGAUGUCAUCGUCAACAUCGUCGAUUCCGUCUUCAUCGGCUUCGAUCACCUCCGAUUCCAAUGUUACCAUGGCUAACGUCGGGAUCGGUUCACAACAAGCAACAUCUGUUAUCAUCGAUAACAAAGACGAAUCUUCGGGGUGUCAAGCACCUCCUAUCGACUCUGAGUCCAUCGAUGAUAAGAUUCGACGCAUUGCACCCCAAGAAUUCCUCCCGCUGAUCAAUCAGCUUCUGCUGGCGAGGUCGAAAGGGAUCAAGAAAAUUGCUAAUGACAUAGUUCGGGGUGAUAAGGAUGUAUACAAGCGCGCGGGCGCAACUAAUUUCGCAGAUUAUAUAUUGCUAGCGAAAGAAGCUUCUGUAAUCGAGGUUGGUGAGGGGACGGGUAAAAACAGCGCAUGGAUAGCGCUGCACCCACGUUGGCUCGUGCAGGAAAUUGAAGCACCAAAACCACCGACCCCUUCGCCUGAUCGUAGUAAUAAACCCCCUACACCACAGGAUAAUAUUUCUGAUGCUGAAAUUUUAUCCACGGCUCCUACGCCGCCGUCGAGCACUGCGUUGCAAGAGACCACCAGGCUAGCUACGCUCAACCCCGACGCUCCACCAUUUGUGCCGAUCCCGCCUCGCUUCCAGCCACUCGUCACCUGCCUGUCUAAAGUUCACGAGAGUGGGCUAGUGAAGCCCUUUCCUUCGACAGUGGGCCUAAUGGUUGGACCCGAGAUAUUUCUUCAAGCUGGCGCGUCCAGCCUGGCAGAAUAUAUUGGUCAAGCAGUGGAUGCUGGUGUUGUGCAAUGCGGAGGAAAUAGUGGCUAUACGUGGGUGAGCCUCCAUCCUGAUGUGCUGAGUGGAAAGCGUUCUUGCUAGUUUGGCCUGCUGUCUCCAGAGACUCCAUGCGUUAGGGAUAUUCUAGUCAAUUAUCUGACAUAUGAGUAUUUAUUGUAAAUCAAGUUUGAAUCAAGUGUUACCGAGUAGAGGGCUGUAUUCCAGGGAAGUCGACACACCAGUGACGUUCUCGUCCUCUUCUAAAGCUUCGACGAGAUUCGAGACACUGUCUUUUUCAUCGUCUGUGCUUCCUUGAUCCUCCAUUUCAUCCUAUAGUUUGUGGGUCACUGCUGCUUUGGAUUGAAUGGUUUGAUGCCUGUGGAAGAUAUUGAAGUGGGAUAAUGGAUAUUUGGUGCAUCCGUGCUGGUCGGACUUUGCUUUCGCCCCAAUUUGAAGUCAGCGACGUGGUAGAACAAAGGUCUGCAGAACAAAGGACAUUACGCAUUUGCAGCUUCUGAUAUGUGCAAACGCUGAGCGCUGAGCGCUAGUCACAGAAGCACCGCCCCGAAGUGAAUGUCAGAGUUCUGGCCGGUCUG